AUGUUGUCAUUACGUUGUGUAUUGAUAGAAAUCAGACAGACAAGGAUAAAAAUGGGUCUUAUCCAGAGUUGUAUCGGAAAAAGAAGCAACAAAGUCAAUGUCAUGUCAGAAGAAGAGGCGGAAGCCUACAGUAAGAUGGAAGAGGAGAUUAAGAAGGAGCUGGUGGAAGGAGACAACAUCCAGACCAAGUCGUUGCUGUGGAUGAUGUUUUGUACAGAGCCCAAUGUUAUCAAAACCUACGCCGAAGAUGUCCCCGGUAGUAUUUUGUCGGAGGUAGUGCAGAAGAAAGGAGGUUUGGCCUUCCAUAUCGAGUACAAGUCAACUGUACCAAAGCUUCCUCCAAUUAAUGCUAAGAGGGCUCAAGUAUCAGCCAGGGACGAGGACUAUGAGAAAUGGAAAGAGGAAAGAGACAAGCUUCUGGUCGAUAAGCACGAGAAGGCAAAUAUUCGAAGAGAACGUAUCAUCCAGCAAAAGAAGCUGUCUGCCCAGAGACCAAGGACAGCCCAGUCCAGAGAUGUCGUUGAAACCGGUUCUCCGACAGACUGAACAGAAAAAACACAAUUCGAUCAAGCUGUUCAGAAGCAAUGCAACCACUGUACAUUUAUGUACAGUGAAACUUGAAACUUAUUUCAUAUCCGAGCUCUUUUAUCUGAAAAUAUUUUCAAUUGUUUUGCAGUUCGUGUAUGUAUUCUUGCAUUCCGUUGUAUUCCGUUUUCCUACAAAGAGACCUAGACACGAAAUUUUAAUUUUUUGUAUUUUCAAUUUUUAGGGAU